GUCAAGUUCUCAAAUGAGGACAGUGUCAAGAUGCUGGUGGUUUGGCUCACACUGCUUCUCCUCCGAGAGGGAUAUGCAAAGCCUCUUGUGAUCACAGUCCAGCUGGGAGAACCUGCGACUUUGACGUGUUAUUCUCCUGAUAUGUUGAGCUAUAGAGUCUUCUGGUACAAGCAGCGUGCAGGGGAAACUCUGUCAUUAAUCGUUAGGCUGCAGAAACGCAUUAAGCCUGUGUUUGGAGAAGAGUUUUCUGCCUCCAGAUUUGAUGUGAACAUUUACGAGACUAUGAGUAAUCUGACCAUUUUGAGGACCGUGGAAGACGAUGAGGGGACGUAUCACUGUGCGGUCUCAGAUUGGAUUGAGAUUAAUUGGACUGCAACGUAUUUGUUAUUGAAAGGAAACACUCAGAAAACAUCAAACUUGACUGUUGUUCAGUGGCCAUCAGUCUCAGAUCCAGUCCGCCUAGGAGACUCAGUGACUCUGCAGUGUUCAGUCCUCUCUGACUCUGAGAGUAUAACAUGUCCAGGGGACAACAGUGUGUACUGGUUCAAAUCUGGAUCAGAUAAAUCUCAUCCAGACAUUAACUAUACUAAUGAAAACAGACGUGGUGAAUGUAAGCAGAGAUCUGACACUCAGAAAAGUUGUGUUUAUCACCUCUCUAAGAGCGUCAGCUCCUCUGAUGCUGGGACUUACUACUGUGCUGUGGCAACAUGUGGACAGAUCUUAUUUGGAGAUGGGACAAAACUGCAGAUUGAGCAAACAGCAAGUCCUGAGUUAAUCAGCCUGAUGAUAGCGAUACUCUGCUUGGUCAUUUCUGUGAUUGUUAAUAUUUUCAGCUGCUUCCAAAAGCAAAGAGCAGAAUGUGAACCACUUAAAGCUGCUGCUGACCUGCAUAUAUACAGUGGACGUCAAAUAGUUCAACAGACCGAUGAGGACACACUAUUAUACUCUGCGGUUGUCUUCACCAUGAGGAAAGCUACCAGCGGUGCAGUGAAGGAAGAGAGGAUCAGCUCUGCUUUAAAGGCUUUUGGGUUAAACUGAUGAGUCAACAGGUCUGUUUUUUUCAUCAGAUAGUGUCACAUGAUCUGGAUAAUUUUGGUGUGAGCUAAAGAAUAUUAGCUGUAUUACAAACAGUAAAACCUUAUAUCAACAAACCAUUGAUGGAGGCUAUCACUUAUGCCCAAUGACAGCUGGUAGUGGCUCCUGCUAUUGGAUGUAUAUACGUAUUAAACUGUGCAGUAUUCAGGUUCAUUGGUAUGAGUCAUGACUUUGCAGUUACCAUCAAAUCUAGAAGUCACACCAGUUUAUAAGACGCAGCCUGUUUGUUGGAGAGCUUCCAGAGGGAAAAGGUUUCUAUUGUGAUCCUACAUUAGGACUUUCAUUAUGUUCAGCAACAUGCUUCUAUGCAGCUUGUGAAGAUCUUUCUAGUACCAGCUACCUGUACAGUAGUUGAGCUCAGCCUUAAGUGUCAUGGAUAGUUGUGAGUUAUGGAUAGAUCCAAUUUGCAGAGAUUUGUUCCACCUCCCUUCCAAAAGUCACUGUCGUCUUGAACUGAAAAGUCUUUUAAUCAAACCAGCACUCCUCAAGGUUUAUUUCAGUCAUCAUGUACCACAGUUUUCUUUACAUGCAUCAUUAUAACCUAAUGAGGGAGAAAAGAGUGAAACGGUGGCACUGCUAUACAGGUCUGCCUCGCUAUGUAUCUGGCAUUCUUUGUGCUUUGAUGCAGUCGCUUGGGAGGCCACUCACUUGUUAAAUGACAAAAGUAUUUAAAGUGCACCUUAGACAUCAAUUUUUUGGUAAUGGCUGCUUCGUUCUUUAAUUUAUCGCAAUAAAUAAGUCAUAUCAAAUGUUCAGCUAAAGUUUCUGUGUUUGUCUUCGAUGUAUAAGAAGAUGUGAUAUCACAACAAUUUUCUAUUGACAACAAAAUAACUGUAAAACCUGUUCAUAUUAAAGGACUGUAAAAUAAAGA